UAAAUUCCACCUCAGUCUUCACUCUUCUUACCAUGUUCAGCUCUAGCACCAUGGACUGACAUCUUAAACUCCUAGAUAUGAACAUAGCAUAAACUCACUUUUCUUUUUGUUUUUAUUGAUGUAUAUUUGAAUUUUGGGGCUCGACCAACAACCAUGUAUUCACCGGUGUCCAAGUACAGUGCCGAGGCGCGCAAAAGGAUGACAUACCGCGCGAGGAAGGGCAAAAGCUGCGGUUACUACAUGCGGAUCGUGUUUUUUUUCUCCUCACUGAUCCAGUCGCUCAUCAUUGUCAGCCUGGUCCUCUUCCUGGUCUACGGGAAGCAGCAGGAUUCUGCGUCGGUGGCCAGGAUCCAAGACAUGGAGAUGCGCUUCAGCCAGCUCUCCUUGGAGACGGUGAGCUUGAGGCAGCAGAGGAGGAACCUGACCUCUCUGCUCAACGCCACAGUGCAGGACAUGACCAGGAACGAGUAUGACCUGACUGUCCUGAGGGCUUCAGCCAACAUGUCCUACAUACUCCUGGCCGACAUCAAGAGGAAGCUGCAACAGUGCACCUUUGAGAACCUGAUGGGCCGUAACUCGCAGCCAGAGCUCCGGACCCCUCCUAACCCUUUCCAGUUCCGCGGUGGUAUGGGUGGCAGUGGCUGUAACUGUGCAAUGCAGAUGGAAUCCUGCAGAGCCCAAGUAAGCAUGAUCCAGGCCAACUUCACUCAGACAGCCAUGAAGAUGCAGAUGGAGAUGGACCAGAUGGCCAAAGACCGCGACAACAUCAACCUGGAAGCAAUCCAACUCAGGCGAGACAAGUUUCUACACGAGAAAGCCAUAGAGCUCUACCAAAUCAAAUGCAAGGAUGAAUUCAUCAACUCCUUGAGUGGGAUUAAGAAUGUUUCCAAAGCGUUCCUCAGUAAAAUCGAUAAAGUCUUCCCGGCGUACCACUCCUUCCAGCUCACCUGCCCGAAGCAGACAGAAUACCUUGAGCAGAUCCGAACCAACUGCACCAACCUCUCCGAAGAAGUCGUCAGAAAAUUUCAGAACUAUUUGGACAUCCUGGGAGAUAAGGUGUCCAUGUCGCAGGGUAAUAUUAGCAUCUUAACCGCGGAGAACAUGCGUAUGACCAGGGACUACAACCAAUGCAGUCAAAAUCGUACAGGUUUGAUCAGGGAACACAAGCAGAACGUGGAGAGGAUCCAUCUGAAGAACGACGAGGAGAAGGAGAAGUUGUUGAAAGAGAAGCUGAAGCUGAAAGGAGAGAUCGAGGUUCUAGAGAGCAGCGUGAAGUUCAAGAACACAGAGCUGGCCCAUAUGAAGGAACAGCUCAUGCACCUCAACAUGUCGUGUAUUCCGAGGAGUGGAGCUGGUUUCUUCCCUCGCUCAGGGAACCAGCCUGGCUCUACCUGGGGAAACACUGGCUCCUCCAACUUUGGCUCCUCCAACUUUGGCUCCUCCAACACCGGCUCCUCCAACACCGGCUCCUCCAACUCUGGCUAUCCUAAUUCUGGAGGUUCGAGUCAGUUCAACCGCAACAGCUUUGGCUCCUCCUCCAGCUCUUCUAGCUCACUCGGGUCACCAUAUGGGUCAACUGGGUCAAAUUCAGGCCUGGGCUCAACCAACACAGGCUUUAACAAACCUUCCUCAACCGGACUGGGAUCGUCAAGUCUCGGAUCCGGUAGUAGUGGUGGUCUUGGAUCUUCUGGGUUGAAUGUGCCAGGAUCAAGUAAUCAAGGAUCGUCGUUUGGCUCGUCUUUUGGGUCAAAUCCAAGCUCAUCCGGGACUGGCUUGAAUAAACAGACUUCCACAGGGUUAGGAACUUCGCUGUUUGGAUUUGGGUCGUCUAAUAAUAAUCCAAGUUCUUCUAGUUCAAAUCAGAAUAAGUUUGGGUCUAGCAGUGCAAGUUCUUCCAAUUCAAAUUUUGGGUCUAGUUCUAGUUCCGGUUUUGGUUCUUCUAAUUCCAAUCAGGGUUCUACAAACUCAAAAUUCGGGUCUUCAAAUUCCAAUUUUGGCUCUUCAAACUCUAAUUUUGGCUCUUCAAAUUCUAAUCUCGGCUCUUCAAAUUCCAAUCUCGGCUCUUCAAAUUCCAAUCUUGGCUCUUCAAAUUCCAACUUUGGGUCUAACUUCGGUUCCUCCAGCAAUUCAAAUCUCGGUUCCGGUUCUUCCAGUUUAUCCAAGACAACAUCUAACUCAAGAGGCUCAGGCUCCCUCUUUGGUUCUUCAAGUUCAAGCCUAGGUUCUGGAAGUUCAAGCCAAAACAAACUGUCCUCCUCAUCCAGCAAAAGUUCCUCAAGUUCUUCCAGCCCUUCAUCUGGGUCAAGUGCAACAACCAAUAAGGGAUUCGGAGGAUGGUUUGGGUUAGGAGGUGGUAGUAGUAGUAGUAGUAGUAGUAGUAGCAGUAGUAGCAGUAGUAGCAGUAACUCGGACCAAAGCAAACUAGGAAGUAACCAAGGGAGAGGAUCGUCAAGCAGCGGGAACAGUUUUGGAUCUCUUGGUUCUGGAAGGAGCAACUCGUUCGCAUUCGCAGAACCCAUCUCAUUUGAUGAACACAUGCGGAAUCUGAGACAAAUCAUCAACCCCUCCGGACGAGAAGAGAGACGGGAGUUAUCCAACAUGAUGGGGUAGUCCAUUUGAAACAGAAAACCUCUAAGCACCUUAAUCUACGUGAGUAUAUGGCAACCCCGACUCCACUGUGGGGUUUCAACGGACAAUAGUGGUGUGAGAUUGCCUCAAAGUGUUCAAGACCCUCUCCUCUUUGAAAGUGAUGGGAUCUGCCCAGCCAAACUACCUGUACCAAGUUGUUACUGAUGAAAACCAGUGUCCAGUAAUGUUGUGUGCAUAGACUGUAUAUAUAAAUGGACAUAGCUAACCUGCUAGCCCCUCUCUCUGUAACUGCUAUUGUCAGGCUCGUCAUUUUGGUCUUAAAAUGUCCGUACUAACCUGCUCUACAUGAUCCUGGUGUCUUUAUUUCGCUAUUGUGUCCGUAACUCAAGAUAUGAACAUUAAUAACAGACAAAUCAGGCGUCUUAUUAUCACACCUGCUAGCGUUAGCAACAGGUUAUUGUGCUUGAAUCUAUAUGCUCUUAAAGGACACAUUUUUAACAAUGCAACAGUUUAAUCUUGUUGUAAUAUUGUUUUUCUUUUAAAUACAACAUUUGAUAACUGCUGUGUUUGUUUUAACUGUUGGGCGACAGUGGCUCAGCUGGUAGUGGUGGUUGGUGGUUCGAAUCCCGUUCUCGACAUAAUCAUUGGUAGAGCGGUCUGAUCCACUGACCUACAGGCGGUGCAAUUCCAGCUCCUACAGAUGAAUGCUGUCAUUGUGUCCUUGGGCAAGACACUUAACCCACCUCGGCCCUGGUGUCUGCGUACACUGGUGUGUGAAUGGGGCAGUGUUUCCUUGAUGUAAAAUGCUUUGAGUGCCUUGAAAGUAGAAAAGCGCUAUAUAAAAAUGUGACCACGACCACCAUGUUAGCUCAAGGUCACUUUUCAAACUCCACAGAAACAAAAUAUUGUAGUUGAAAUAGCCACAAUAUGUACCUUUUUAGCCCAAAAAUUGACUAAAAUAAAAGCUUUUUUUUUUCAUUUUUGAUGUGUUGCACUGAAAAGCUUCUUACUGUGAGCGGGCUUGCAUCUCCGCAAACCUGACCCAACCUGACCUUUGCAUGGAAACAAGCAGACCAACAAGCAGGCUGAUUGGUCUUUUGGCUGUAACCUUCCACAGUAAAGCAUACAACUUAUGUAUCACCAUGGAGAAUGUUCCGAAGUAUGUUUUUAACUUUCUUUUUCCAAGGGAUCACGCAGAUGGUGUGCUACUGUUACUGUGCCUUUAAGUUUAAGCAUUUGUUUAAAUGUAUCGACUCAUUACAUUGUCCGACUUUGGUGUGUUUUUGUUUUUUAAUUUCAAAGAUAAAAUGCUGUAAAAGUCCAGAAAAUAAAAUCAAACAGCUCAAA